ACGCUACCACUUGCCAAAGCAUUCUAUGCAGACGUGCUAGGCAUGCGGCCGAUCCCCGUACCUGCGGCACAGACUGAUACUCUCGGUUGGUAUGAUUGUGGGAACGGGCAGCAAAUACACAUAUCUCACCCGAAGGACCCCAAAUUCCCAAUCGACCCAAUCUCCUCGCGGCACCCCUGCUUCAAGGUCGGCUCUCUUGAGAAGCUCAACGGAUUGAAAGAGAGGAUUUACAGGGACAAGUUGGAAGGGAAAGCGAGCUCGCCGUUGGAUGCUGAUGAGCCUGGUAUGCGGGACUCGGGUGCCCAGGGGCCGGAAUAUCCCAAGAGGUUCUUCUGUCGGGAUUACGCGGGAAACAGACUCGAGUUUAGUCUCUGA